CCAAAGUGACCAUAUCCUCCCAUCCAGAACCUCCUCUUUCAUCCCAUCCUUGCCCUCUGCUACAGGGGCUUAUUUCUCUAUAUUCUACCCUGUGAUACUUCCCCAGAUAUUAAACCUCUUCCUUUGCCUUCUCUCCAUAUCAGCCUAGUCAUGGCGCCCUCCUCCCAGGCCGCUGAGCGGAUACAGGAAGCUCGAGCUCUCGCGAAGAAGGAUGCUUCAAAAGCUGAGACCAUCUAUAAGGACAUCCUUUCCAAGGGCCCAGGCUCAUCUGAAAGUUCGUCGCGUGAUUACGAAAAUGCGUUGGUGGGAUUGGGAGAGCUCUACCGAGAUGAGAAGAAGCCACAGGAGAUCGCAGAACUGAUCAAAACAAGCCGGGACUCAUUCUCGUCCUUUGCCAAAGCAAAGACAGCCAAGCUAGUCCGCCAGUUGCUGGACCUGUUCAGUGAGAUCCCGAACACCCUCGAUAUCCAGAUCGCCGUCAUCAAAUCUUGCAUCGACUGGGCCGUUACAGAACGACGGUCUUUCCUUCGCCAGAACCUCGAGACUCGCCUUGUGGCAAUAUACAUGCAGAAACAAAGUUACUAUGAUGCCCUUAACUUAAUCAACUCACUUCUUCGGGAGCUAAAGCGACUGGACGACAAACUGAUGCUCGUGGAGGUACAGUUAAUGGAGUCGCGGGUGUACCAUGCGCUGGGCAACCAGGCCAAGGCCCGUGCGGCCUUGACUGCUGCUCGCACUUCCGCUGCUUCUGUCUACACGCCCCCAAAUCUCCAAGCUGGGUUGGAUAUGCAGAGUGGUAUGCUACACGCCGAAGACAAGGAUUUUAACACCUCAUAUUCCUACUUUAUCGAAGCCCUAGAGGGCUACAGCUCCUUGGAUGAAGGCGACAAGGCAACAGCAGCUCUUCAGUAUAUGCUGCUGUGUAAGAUUAUGCUGAACCUGGGGGAUGAUGUGACGAGCUUGUUGGGCUCCAAGCAGGCCCAGAAAUAUGCUAGCCCGCGACUCGAAGCCAUGAAAGCGGUAGCCCGCGCCCAUGCCGACCGAUCGCUUGAAGAGUACGAGAAAGCACUCUCGGAUUACCGGUUUGAACUAGGCAGCGACGCCUUCAUCCGCAACCAUCUUCGCAGACUUUAUGAUGCCAUGUUGGAACAGAACCUCAUCAAGGUUAUUGAACCGUUCAGCCGAGUUGAAUUGGAUCACAUCGCCAAGAUGGUGGGGCUGGACACGCAGCAGGUGGAAAGAAAGCUUUCGCAGAUGAUUCUGGACAAGGUAAUCAUCGGUGUGCUAGAUCAAGGCGCCGGAUGUUUGAUUGUUUUUGAUGAGACGGAGCGCGACCAGGCUUACGAUGCCGCUCUGGAGACUAUCGCAAGGUUGAGCAAUGCCGCUCAACGUUCUCCUGCCACUCCUCGUCGCGGUCCUCCAGCUCCAGGUCCAAUGCCCGUCCCAAUCCCCCAACAUGCUGUGGCUCCUCAGUAUGUAGCGCCCCAGCGCAACAUGCCGCACCCUAAUGAUGCCGCCCUCCGUCGCAGCCGUAAGCCUACAGAUAAGAGUAUCCCCGACGGUGUCGAAGAUGUGAUUAUUGGCGAAGGUGCCCAGCAGUACAAGAGCCUGCGCGACCUGGAGAAACGGUUGGAUGCCGCCAUCGUGAGGAAAAGACUGGACAUUCAAGACUCGAUCAGCAAAACAGUGAAAAAGUACCGGACUAUGCGAAUCUGGGUUUCCAACGAGGUGGAAAACCAACCCUGGCAGAACCCUGGUGCACAGAAUGGCUUGAUUCCCGGAAGCAACCCUGGCUCUGGCCGCUACAAGGUGCGAAUAGAAGGUCGCCUGCUAGAUGAUGAUAGCGACCCUACAACGGACCCGGCUAGCGAUGAGGAAGCUGAUGCCCAAGACACUACGGAUGCGAUGGACCAUGAUGGCCCUGAUGCUAAGCAAUCGGCUUCUAAGCGGUCGAGACAGCGCUUUUCGCAGUUCUUCAAGUCCAUCACGAUUGAUUUUGAUAAGGCGUCUACCGUUAACCCGGAUGAUGUGCAGACCAUCAACUGGACAAAGCCACAACUACCCCCCAAUACUGCCACAUUGCCUCCUACUGCGGACUUCGAUUCUCUGCAGUUUUCACGUCCUUCGCAGGAGAACUUGAAUGUCACCAUCAGCCUUAUUCGCGACGAGACCCCUGAACGCUAUAAGUUGAGUAAGGAACUGGCCGAAGUUCUUGAUGUUGAGGAAGAAACCCGGAGUGGGAUUGUUCUUGGUAUUUGGGACUAUAUUCGCGCAAUGGGCCUACAAGAGGAUGAGGAGAAGCGGCUAGUACGCUGUGAUGAUCGUCUGCGAUCGAUUUUUGGCCGAGAUCAGAUGUUCUUCCCGCAGAUUCCAGAGAGCAUUGGCCCUCACACUAGCCCCAUUGAUCCUAUCAAGCUCCCAUACACGAUUCGCGUUGAUGAAGAUUUUCACAAAGACCCCACCCCCACCAUUUACGACAUCCAAGUCGCCGUGGAAGACCCCCUUCGCUCAAGGAUGAUGGCUUUGACUCAGAACCCACAAUACACCGCUGGAAUGCGCCAGAUCGCUCUUCUGGACGAUCAAGUCGCGCUCAUCAUCCAAGCCCUGACGCAUUCCCGCGCAAAACAUUCUUUCUUUACCGCACUCAGCAAAGACCCUGCUACAUUUGUCCGCCGCUGGAUCAACUCUCAACGCAGAGACCUUGAGACUAUCCUGGGCGAAGCAGGUCGCGGAGGUGGCGAAGACGGUAGUGGUCCCGAGUUCCGACGCGGUGGUGCAGAUGGUGUUUGGGAUACAGUGGUUGCACGGGAGGCUGUGCGAUACAUGCUUGCCAAACCAGAAGCCGCUCUGGGUCGAUAAUUUUUUUUAUUUACCUAUUUUAUUUUAUUUCCCCCCCCCCCCCC